ACCACUAUUCGCGCCGAGGCUCUCUCUCUCUCUCUCUCUCUGUCUCUGUUAUCAUGGCUCAAACAACUCCGAAUCACACACAGACUGUUUCCGGCUGGGCAGCCCUUGAAGCCGGUGCCAAGCUCACCCCUUAUACCUUCAAGCGAAGAGAAAAUGGCAUCCAUGAUGUGACAAUCCAGAUCUUGUAUUGUGGGAUGUGUCACACUGAUAUCCACUAUACUAGGAACGAUUGGGGCAUCACCACUUUUCCUGUAGUCCCUGGGCAUGAAAUUACUGGGGUGAUCAUCAAAGUGGGAAGCGAGGUGAGCAAUUUCAAGGUAGGUGACAGGGUGGGGGUUGGAUGCUUGGCGGCAUCGUGCUUGGAAUGUGAGUUCUGCAAGGAUUCGCAGGAGAACUACUGCGACGCUGUUCAAUUCACAUAUAAUGGCAUUUUCUGGGAUGGUAGCAUCACUUACGGCGGCUACUCCAAGAUGCUGGUGGCCGAUCAUAGAUAUGUAGUGCAUGUACCGGAAACCCUGCCAAUGGAUGCAGUGGCGCCACUAUUGUGUGCCGGAAUCACCGUGUUCUGCCCCAUGAAAGACAACAACUUGAUUGAGUCAACAGGGAAACGCCUCGGAAUAGUCGGUCUGGGAGGUCUGGGCCAUGUCGCUGUCAAAUUCGGAAAGGCCUUUGGCCACCAUGUAACUGUCAUUAGCACUUCUCCAUCCAAAGAAAAGGAAGCUAGAGAACGCCUCGGAGCCGAUGAUUUCAUACUCAGCACAAACGCCGAACAAAUGCAGUCAAAGAAGAGGACUCUAGAUUUUAUCUUGGAUACAGUAUCUGCCAAGCACUCCCUUGGACCAACUUUAGAGCUACUCAAAGUGAAUGGUACUUUGGUGAUUGUGGGCGUACCAGACAAACCCAUAGACCUGCCUUCUUUUCCUCUCAUUUUUGGCAAGAGAGUGGUGAAGGGGAGCAUGAUAGGAAGCAUAAAAGAGACACAGGAGAUGAUGGAGUUAUGUGGGAAGCACAACAUCACAUGCGACAUUGAAGUUGUCACGCCUGAUAAAAUUAACGAAGCCCUUGAUCGACUCGCAAACAACGAUGUUAAGUACCGCUUUGUAAUUGACAUUGCCGGCAAAUCACCAAAUCUUUAACAACUGUUGUAAUAAUACGUACCUGCUUAUUAUUACUAUUUACUAUUUCUCCCAAACUUAUAUUGGG